ACCACCUUCUUGAAAAAAAACCCCGUUUUGCUACGUUAUGUCGGUGUUGAACUCGCCCCAGGUGUCUGGAGACCCGAGACUCCCUCAGCUGUUUACGUUUUGGCCCACACUUAUGUUGAUAGUAGCCUAACUUGUGCUGCAUUCAGGCUCAAUGGGAAAGAUGCGAGGUGAAAAACAGCUUCCAGUGAACCACAAGCUAUAUGACAGUGGAACCUACAAGCUUAAUGAUAGGCCUACAUUUCAAGUGGGAAUUCCGGGAACACUCACAUGACACCAACUCUCCAGCUCUAUUGGUUCAAGGCACGUGUCUGAGAGAUCCGUAGUACAACGUCAUCGAAGCGUCUCCCAGCCAAUCACAAAUGAGAACCAAAAUCCGUAGUGAAAGUAUUUGAGCGGCGUCUUUAUCAGGGCAGUUUAGUGCGGCUGGAAGCGUCAAUAAUUGUGUGCAGGGAGCCGGAAAAAUUAAAUAGACUGCAUUUUUUUUCAACUCUUAAUAUUAUUUUGAAAUUUAAAAAAUUGCGCACUAAGUGCAGCCAUGAGGAGCGGGCUUUUACCUGAAACCGAAGCAUGAUUUUUCUUUGUCAGAAUCCUGAGAGGCCUUUUCACAGUAAAACAAUUUCAGUUAUUCUGCCAAAAAAAACUACUCCGUUCGCUCACCGCCCUUUCGAUUUUGUUGACUCAUAAUAUAGUAGCCUAAUUAAUUGAUUAGAAAGUGAACAGGAAAAACAAAAUUGGAAAUACUACUUUGUAGAAGGGCGCAGAGAGAGGUGCUGAGGGGGAUCCGGCUCCAUCAUUAUGGAAGAAAAUGCUCGCCGAGACCCAGAGCGCCCAGACGAGUCCGGAGAGGAGUCCGACCGGGCCAUGCUGCCUCUCCUCCAGCCGCCUGGCAACCAGCAGUCCCACAGGAUCACCAACUUUUACAUCGACAACAUUUUAAGACCGGACUUCGGCCGAAAGAGGAAGGACGGGACUUUGGUCCGGGAAGGAGACAGUCUGGGGGUGAUCAGACGGAGACAGGAGCUGACAGGGAGAAAGUCCUCCAAAACUGGCAACCCGCAGCAGGGUGGAGUAGGAGGCGCUGAGGAUGAGGAGGAGGACACGGGAGCAUCCGACGACCAGCAUCCGGAAACUGGGGCCAGGAGGCCUGACCUGAUAGCCGCUGAAGUGGCUGUGAAGGACCGCUGCCGCAGCCCACAGUCCAGCUCGGGCCCUGCGGCCAAGCCGAUGCUGUGGCCGGCCUGGGUUUAUUGUACCCGCUACUCAGACCGUCCGUCAUCAGGGCCCAGAUCCCGCAAACCAAAGAAGGCGCCGACCCCGAGUAAAGAGGACAAGCGGCCCCGGACGGCCUUCACCGCAGAACAGCUCCACCGGUUAAAAACUGAGUUCCAGAACAACCGAUACCUGACCGAGCAGCGGAGGCAGAGCCUGGCCCAGGACCUUGGCCUUAACGAGUCUCAGAUCAAAAUAUGGUUUCAGAACAAACGGGCUAAAAUCAAGAAAACCUCCGGCAGUAAAAACUCUCUGGCCUCGCAGCUCAUGGCGCAGGGACUGUACAACCACUCCACGGCCAGGGACGCCAAGUCGGACAGCGACUAGAGGAGACAAGGGGGGCAGGAGGGGAUUCUGAAUCAUGCAAUAAAACCACUUCAGUACCAGCAUUCAUAUUUAAAACUCAA